GCGCAGGGGGGUCAACGGAGCCGUGAACAACUCCGGUGCACGAACCAGCUGUCGACCCGAGUAAGUCUUAGAUUUUCCUGUUUUGUGUACACGCUCCACUACGCCCUUACGAGUCCAAAACGCGGACAGAGUUAAAAGCCAAGGCCAUCUGGAACGUGUCCAUUUCUUCCAGUAAAUUCAAACACCUUUUCCAUCUGUGCAAAAGGAGUGACUCUUGUCUUUUUUUUGUGGUGGAACUGGGGACAACCAACAACUCGCACUGUUGCGUAUGUGAGUGCAGGUGGCGCUCGUUUAAUAGACUGCGAUGCACCGCUUAAGGACUUGUGCGGCACGGCUUCGGCCUAUCACUGCCUCACAGACUGCUAAAAACCUUUCACAGCAGAGGCCAGCGGCCACACCAAGGACGUUUCAGCCACUCAGGUACUACACGGCACCGGUGGCCGCAGAGCCAUUUCUGAAUGGAACGAGCUCUAACUAUGUUGAGGAGAUGUACUUUGCAUGGUUGGAGAAUCCCAAGAGUGUGCACAAGUCUUGGGACAUUUUCUUCAGGAAUGCUAAUGCUGGUGCCCCACCAGGAACAGCCUAUCAGAGUCCUCCUGCACCUGGAAAGAGUCUGGCUGGACUUGCUCAUGCCCAGUCUCUGGUGGGGGCUCAGCCAAAUGUGGAGAAGCUGGUGGAGGACCAUCUGGCAGUUCAGUCCCUCAUCAGGGCAUAUCAGAUACGUGGUCACCAUGUGGCUCAGCUGGACCCCCUUGGAAUUAUGGAUGCUGAUCUGGAUUCGUGCGUUCCCGCUGACAUUAUAACAUCAUCGGAUAAACUCGGUUUCUAUGGGCUGGAUGAGUCUGAUCUGGAUAAAGUCUUCCGCUUGCCCACCACCACCUUUAUUGGGGGCAACGAGAGCGCUCUACCCCUCAGAGAAAUCAUCCGCCGAUUGGAAAUGGCGUAUUGCCAGCAUAUAGGGGUUGAGUUUAUGUUCAUCAAUGACCUGGACCAGUGCCAGUGGAUCAGACAGAAGAUUGAGAGACCUGGAAUCAUGCAGUUCAGCCUGGAGGAGAAGAGAACGCUGCUAGCCCGCAUGGUCCGCUCCACCAGGUUUGAGGAGUUCCUGCAGAGGAAAUGGUCGUCUGAGAAGCGAUUUGGUCUGGAGGGUUGUGAGAGUCUGAUCCCUGCACUCAAAACCAUCAUCGACAAAUCCAGCGAGAACGGAGUUGAUGCGGUUAUCAUGGGCAUGCCUCACAGAGGGCGUUUGAACGUGCUUGCCAAUGUGAUCCGUAAGGAACUGGAGCAGAUUUUCUGCCAGUUUGACUCUAAACUGGAGGCUGCUGAUGAGGGAUCAGGAGAUGUCAAGUACCACUUGGGGAUGUACCACAGGAGGAUAAAUCGUGUGACUGACAGGAAUAUUACCCUCUCAUUGGUGGCCAACCCUUCCCAUCUUGAAGCAGUGAACCCAGUUGUACAGGGAAAGACCAAAGCGGAUCAGUUCUACUGUGGAGACACAGAAGGCAACCGGGUGAUGUCCAUUCUGCUCCAUGGUGAUGCUGCAUUCGCAGGUCAGGGCAUUGUCUAUGAAACUUUCCAUUUGAGCGAUCUGCCAUCCUACACAACACAUGGCACUGUGCACGUGGUGGUCAACAACCAGAUCGGUUUCACCACAGAUCCUCGUGUGGCGCGCUCCUCUCCAUACCCCACUGAUGUUGCCCGUGUGGUUAACGCCCCCAUAUUCCAUGUCAAUGCUGAUGACCCUGAAGCUGUAAUGUACGUGUGUAAAGUGGCCGCAGAGUGGAGAGCCACCUUCCACAAAGAUGUUGUGGUGGACUUGGUGUGUUACCGACGUAAUGGCCACAACGAGAUGGAUGAGCCGAUGUUCACCCAGCCUCUGAUGUACAAACAGAUAAAGAAGCAGAAAGGAGUUCUACAGAAAUAUGCAGAGAAGCUCAUCGCCGAAGGUGCCGUCUCCCGACAGGAGUAUGAGGAAGAGAUUGCCAAGUAUGAUAAAAUCUGUGAGGAAGCUCAUGCUCGCUCAAAGGAUAAGAAGAUUCUUCACAUCAAGCACUGGCUGGACUCCCCCUGGCCAGGUUUUUUCACUCUGGAUGGCCAGCCCAAGAGUAUGAGCUGCCCAUCUACUGGCCUGUCAGAGGAGGAGCUGAGCCAAAUUGGACAAGUUGCAUCAUCAGUGCCUGUGGAGGACUUUACCAUUCAUGGAGGUCUCAGUCGUAUUUUGAAGGGCCGUGCUGAAAUGAUCAAGAACAGGACUGUGGACUGGGCUCUGGGGGAGUACUUGGCCUUUGGCUCUCUGCUCAAGGAGGGCAUCCAUGUGCGCCUUAGUGGCCAAGAUGUAGAGAGAGGAACCUUCAGUCACCGUCACCAUGUUCUCCACGAUCAGAAUGUAGAUAAGAGGAUCUGCAUCCCCAUGAAUCAUAUUUCCUCUAACCAAGCCCCUUACACUGUCUGCAACAGCUCUCUGUCUGAGUAUGGAGUGCUAGGUUUUGAGUUAGGCUUCGCCAUGGCCAGUCCUAAUGCUCUGGUUCUAUGGGAAGCCCAGUUUGGAGACUUCCAUAACACAGCUCAGGGUAUCAUAGACCAGUUCAUCUGCCCUGGCCAAGCUAAAUGGGUUCGUCAGAACGGCAUUGUCUUACUACUGCCACAUGGCAUGGAGGGCAUGGGUCCAGAACACUCAUCUGCCCGUCCUGAACGCUUCCUGCAGAUGUGUAACGAUGACCCUGACUUUAACCCUAAAAUCACAGAUGACUUUGAGGUUCGUCAGCUCUAUGACUGUAACUGGAUUGUCGUGAACUGUUCAAAUCCCGGCAACUAUUUCCAUGUGAUGAGGAGGCAGAUCCUCCUUCCUUUCAGGAAACCUCUCAUCAUUUUCACCCCCAAAUCCCUGCUGCGUCAUCCGGAGGCCAAGUCUAACUUUGACCAGAUGCUACCAGGCACUCAUUUCCAGCGUGUGAUCCCAGAGAAUGGAGUCGCUGCCCAAAACCCAUCUGAGGUCAAACGCAUCAUCUUCUGUACAGGAAAGGUGUACUAUGAGCUCACACGAGAACGCAAAACGCACAAUAUGGAGAGCACUGUGGCUAUCACUCGCAUUGAGCAGCUCUCUCCAUUCCCUUUUGACCUGGUGAAGGCAGAGACUGAGAAAUAUCCCAACGCUGACCUGGUCUGGUGUCAAGAAGAGCACAAGAACCAGGGUUACUAUGACUACGUCAAGCCCCGCAUGCGUACCACAAUCGAGCGUGCCAAGCCUGUCUGGUAUGCUGGGCGUGAUCCUGCUGCUGCUCCUGCCACUGGAAACAAGAACACCCAUCUAAUGGAGCUGAAGCGUUUCUGUGACACCGCCUUCAACCUGGACGCCUUCAAAGACCACAUCUAAAUCUAUCCAAAAAACAACAAAGAAAACUAAAACUCACAAACACCCAAUUCCCCAUCAACCAAAAAAAUAUUUUAUUGAUAACAAAAAUGAAUAGAGAUUGCAGAAUGCAGUUUCAUGAUUGUGACAUAGACAUGCACUUUCAUGAUUGUGUGGUUACAUCAGAACAAGCACUCCUGCAUGUAUCUGACAUUUUAUUUUAACAGGCUGUUGUUCGUUUCAAGCAUUUGAUGCCAUUGUUUCCCAGUCAAACAACACCAAAAAAUAAGAUGCACAAAAGGCAAGAGGUAAAUAUUCACAGGGAUUGGUUUUUAUAGACAAACCUAAUAACACAUGAAAUAUACCUUAAGUAUUUUCUUAUACGUUAAAUCUGUUGCUUCUGAACUAACUGUUGAGAGGCUUAAUGUCAUGACAGUUGGUGGACUGUUUUCUGAGUGCUGCUUGCAUCUCAACUCUCAACAAUUUAAUGGCUUUACUUUGUAUGUUUGUGGUUUCUUUUCUGUGAGUUGUUUCAUUUUAUGUAUAGACAAUUGUGGGCUAAAUUCAAAAUAAGGGUAAAUGUUGACAGAUACAUUUGCAGUGUCUCAUUAGUAGGCAAGAUUUUAAAGUAAGUGGUAAAAACAACACUUUAUCUGUACCUUUGCACAAAAAAACUGUUGGUUCUCGGAAAGUUGGUGUUGCAUUCGUAUGAUUGUAUUUAUGUAAAUUACUUUGUACUUGGAGCUGGAAAGGGUUGACGUUAAAAUCAGGAUGGUGUGCAAAAUUCUUGGUUGUAUGUGCCUCGGUUCAGGCAGUUUUGUCUGAUCUGUUAUCAUUUGUCUGAAGAUUACACUGCAAUCAUUGAUGUAGACUGUUGCAGAUUUAAAAUAACCCCACAAAUCCUCCUUUUGCCAUCUGAUAACUUGUGCCAUAAAAGCCCAACUCAGCUGCAGGAAGACACAAAAUGGCCAGCAGGGACAAUAAGACAAAGAUGUACCUGUUUGUGGUUGCUCUUUUAAAUAGAAACAGGAAUUCACAUCCUUUUGGCUCUUUCAAAGAGAAAGCAAAUUAUUUUAUUUUUGUUUUCUGAGUAUUAAGAAUCUGUCCUCCAUAACGGUUUAGCUUCACACAAUAAACUCAUCUUCUCAUAUA